GCGCUUAUCUAGGGAGCAGGGAAGUAUUUGGGAUUCGGCCAGGAUGAUUUGAAAGGCAGGUUUUCCUCUGCGGAAAAACUGCAGGAAUGGAAAAGUAGUGGCUUGGGGACGAGAAGCGGUAUUUUCGGUACAAUAGAAACCGCAAUGAAGAUAUUAUCAGUGUAAACGAGAGAGAGAGGGGGGUUUAGGGAUGGCGGAGGAUAUGAAUAAAUCGGCGCUGAUAGAAGAAGAAGAAGAAAAAGAGGAGAAGAAAAAGAAGUCGGGAAAUAAUGAUGGAGAUCACGAUUCUGGAAAUACCGAAGAUCGGAGCGGAAAAUCACGGCGCAUUUGGACUUUAUUCAUGAUCGCGUGCGUUCCGGUAAUCGGUGUUGGGAUCCAGUAUUUCAGAAACGCACAGAUAUCCGAGCGGCACGAAGCGGCGCUGAAGACCCUUGGAGCAGAAGGACUUUUCCUCUUCUCGUCUCUGGAUCUCGAUCAUGACCUGUACCUCAGUCCUGAGGAGUUUAAACCCAUCGCUGAAAAACUCACAGGCGUCGCUCCUCCUGCGGAGUUUGAAGAAGAGUUUAUUGCCGACCGGAACGGUGAGACGCUCACGCUUCACGCAGCCAUGCAGCCGCUUCUGCUCGAGACCAUGACCAAGAGCAAGGAUGGAUUUCUUGGGGUCUCCCACAGUGCCCUGAGUGGGCUUCGUUCAUGGAAGCGUCCUGCUGUUGCAUCGUCCAGCUUCUCGGCUGCUCAGUUCCGGAUCUUUCUGCCCCCAAAGGGUAAAGGGGAGCCGGGGGACACUUGGUGGAUCAUACCAAGUGAGCUCAAUAUCUUCACUGGAUAUCUACCUAACAACCGGUACCACCCUCCUACCCCCCAUGGCAAAGAGGUUCUGAUCCACACCCUGCUCAGCAUGUUUCAUCCUCGCCCGUUCAUCAAAUCCCGCUUCGCUCCUCAGGGAGCCGUGGCCUGCGUACGAGCCGUCAGCGACUUUUACUACGACGUCGUGUUCAGGAUACACGCCGAGUUCCAGCUGAAUGACGUUCCUGAUUUCCCGUUCUGGUUCACGCCUGGGCAGUUCGCAGGCCACGUCGUGCUCUCCAGAGACGCUUCUCAUGUCCGAGACUUCCAUCUGUACGUCCCUAAUGACAAGUCUCUGAAUGUUGAUAUGGAGUGGCUGUACGGUGCCAGCGAGAGCAGCAGCAUGGAAGUAGACAUCGGAUACCUGCCACAGAUGGAGUUGCGAGCGGCCGGCCCGUCCACGCCCUCCGUGAUUUACGACGAGCAGGGGAAGGUGAUCGACAGCCGAGCGGAGGGAGGAGAACCCAUCCACUUUGUGUUCGAGGAGAUCCACUGGAGCUCCGAGAUCAGCCGAGACGAGGCAGCCGGUCGCCUCGAGGUCACCUUUUACCCUUUCAAAAAGGUGGCAUACCUGCCUUUCCCAGAGGCCUUCAGUAAAGCAGAAGCAGAGCAGAAACUGGUUCACUCCAUCUUGCUCUGGGGAGCGCUGGACGAUCAGUCCUGCUGAGGUUCGGGGCGAACUCUCCGGGAGACUGUCCUGGAAAGUUCGCCCGUCCUGGCCUUGCUCAACCAGAGCUUCAUCAGCAGCUGGUCUCUUGUCAAAGAGCUGGAGGACCUGCAGGCUGACAAGAAGAACCUGGAUUUGAGUCAGAAGGCGCGUUUACACCUGGAGCAGUACAGCUUCCCUGUGGAAAUGAUGGUGGCGUUGCCUAAUGGGACAGUGGUUCACCACAUUAACGCUAACAACUUCCUGGAUCAGACAUCCAUGAAGCCGGAGGACGAGCCGGGGUUCAGCUUCUCGGGCAGGUUCGAGGACCCGUCCACCUCCAUGUACAUCCGAUUCCUACAGGAGGGGCUGGACAAGGCCAAAGCUUACCUCCAGUCAUCAUCAUAAAACACAACACACACCUCACAGCUAUCAGCGAGACUUGUCCACCUCUCACACACCCACAUCAGUGGGAACUUCUUAACUUGCCCUUGUGCUGCACUGAAUUCUGGGAAUUUCUCUCCUUGUAGUCUUGUAGGAAGUGACUGCCGAUUUUUCUACACAAUAAUACAGUGAAUAAGGUAACUUUGUGUGCGUGUGUGUCAGAGAGAGAGAGACCUGGGUUGAAAUGUAAUGUUCUGGUUAUGAAAUUUUAUACUGAACAAGCGAACAAUAGAUGUUCUUCACUCCUCCAGCUCUGAAGAAGAAAAAAAGGAAUUUAAUUAAAGGAAUAGUUCAGCCGAAAGAAAGAAAAAUUCAAGCUGGACCUGAAAUAUAGUCAGUCAAUCAAGAUAUGUUUGGUGUCCAGUGUUAUUUUAGUUUUGCACUAGAGAUGAGGAAUAAUCUAGCUAAAAUUAAAAAAAAAAAAACUAAAUGAAAAGAUGUUUUAGGCCCACUUUACACGGGGACGGUCUGAAACAAAAACGCAAAAGUCCGUUUUCGUUCUCACUUUUUUCCGCGUCUACACGACCGUUUUCAAGGAGGAAAUCUGCGUCUAUACGGUGACGCGUAAAUGUGUGGAAUUCAAUUGGAUGUGCAUGCCAGGCGGCUAGGUGGUGCUGUGAAAGACCUCCGCUAUGUCUGCACGCAUGCGCAACGUCUUCCGUCUUGUCUGAUCUGCACCGCGAAAACUUUGACUACUCUGGCUAUGGUAAGUAAGUAAAAAAGUAAGAGCAUACUAUACCCACCUCUGUUCAUUAACGGUAUAUGUGCAGAUUCGGUAUAGAUGUUCGAAGGACUCCUGGACGUUUAUUAAAGCUGCCAGAGCAGCUUGAAGGUCCGUUGGAUCGAUGUAAUCAGACAUGCUCUUACUUUUUUACUUACUGGGCUGGCAUGUACAGUAUAUGACAUAUGUAUGACGUAAACGCGUACCCGACGUGAGCAGAUCCGAGCAGAGUUUCGCGUAUUGGGUAGUUUAGACAGAUAUGCAACGGGGGCUGUUUUUAACUUAUCCACUCUGGAAGGCGUUUUCAAUUUUUUCCGUUUUUCAGCCUCAGAAACGCCGUCCCCGUGUAGACGAAAGGCACUUCCGAUAAAAUAUUUAGUCGUUUUUACCCGACAGCGUCCUCGUGUAAACGGGCCCUUAGACACCAAACUUCUAAUAGUGGAUUCGGUUUUGCGUGUACCGUAUCUCAACCUGAAGUCCUAGCAUUAAUACCCGAUAUCUAAUUACAAACCGAUCAGGCACGCACAUGCAUAUUUUAUUUAUAUAUACACACGUACACCCUGGUCACUUUUAUUAGGAACAUCCAUGCAUGCACCCACCUGCUGUUUGAUGCAGUUCUCCAAUCAGCCGAUCCCUUGAUGCAUAAAAUCACGCAGACACAAAUCGAAAGCUUCAGCUAAUUAACGUUCACAGAGUUCAGCCAUCAGAAUGGGAAAAAUUGUGAUCUCAAAGUGCGAGUUUCUUCCACCGUCGCUGGCUGUUGGUUUGAGCCAGAUGGACUGCUGGUCUCCUUCCUGGGGUUAUCACAUACACACACCAGUCUCUAGAGUUUACACUAAAAAAAGGUGCGAAAAACAAAAAACAUUGAGAGACAUUCGACAGUUCUGGUGGUGGAAACCGACGCCUUGUUGAUCAGAGAUCAGAAAACGGCCAGAUUGGUUCGAGGUCCCCGUCCCCCUUUCCCGUCCAGGAAGGAUUUAGUAACUCAUAUAAAUUACUCUUUACAACCGUGGUGAGCAGAAAAGCAUCUCAGCAUGCAACAGAGAGAGAACACCACAUCGGGUUCCACUCCUGCAGCCAAGAACAGGUUCCUAUUAAAGUGGCCGGUGAGUGUAUAUCCGUCUUGCUACGUCACGUAUAGUAGCUAUAACGCAACUUGAUCGACGAAAUGGUGUAACGUUCACGCUGUAGAAAAUCCUGGCUGAAUUCUGGAACAGACUCGGGUUAUACGAGGAAGAUCCUCUAACUAAACAGAACGUCGUUUUGUUUCAUCAGCUCGAGCAGAAAUUAUUCUUAUCAUACACUUUAUUAUUAUAAGGAUAUUUCUUCUGUUUGUUAGCAUGCUUUAUUUGUUUCACCAUAUUCCUCGCUGUCCUACAAGAUCCUGUACCGUCAUCUUCUUGGUGGGUUUUAGACAAGAGUGCCAACACGCUGGGAUUUUUUUUUUUUUUUUUAAAUCAAACAUUUCUCACAUUCCCAGAAUGAAAUGUCCUUGGGUGGCAGUCGCACUCAACAGGCCACUCGUCACAUCUUGACGAUCAAAGAAACCUUUUACAAUCAGGGCUCGGCUUUAACGUCAAUCCCCUCGUCCGUCCUAACCAGACCCUUUUUAUUCCCAUGUAUUUACUAGUUCAAUGACAGGAAAGCGAUUAAAAAAGUUUCUCAAAAAGCAGGUAUUGUUAUCAAUCAUUACACUUUAAUUUUUCAAUAAAACUUGGACAAUGAACAGAAACCAUCCAAAGCCGCAUUAUGGUGCGCGUGUUCGAACCCAUUACCUGAUCUGCAGUUUUAAAAGAGUUAGACUCACCCACAUGCAAAACUUCUGCAGGAAAUAAAGUUAAAUCCUGAAAUAUAAAUUAACGUAAAGAAAACGAAUCGGAAAUGAUCAGGGGGACAGAAUCACGCUGUGAACGAACUCACGUUUUUUUUUUUCCAGCCCUAAUGUGACCCAUACAAAAAAAAAAAAGUCCUAAAUGAAUGAAAAGAUUCACCAUGGCGAUUUAUUUUAUUGAUCACCAUUUCUCCGAUUUCUUGAGUCUAAUAAUCUAUAACUAGAUAUUACAAUGUGAAUUUUUUUAUUAAUUUUUAUAUAUAUUAUUUACACACACACACCUACCUGCUGGACUCUGCUUCCCUGGAAUUUCAUAAACAGUAACACGACCGGAUCAUUGAGGGGAUUGAACUAGUUUUGAUGGAAUAAUUUCUAUAAAAAUGGUGAUUAACAAAUAUUCAGAACCGAACAUUUGGUUGUCCCGGACAGUCGGACUACCAUUAACGUCGAGCCCUGAUGUGUGAUGUUUUUGUCUGAAACAGCAAAACUGGACCUCAGAUCAUACAGUAAAAACGGCAAACUCUUUAAACAGACACUCUUAUCAUGCUGUGUUUUAAUAAAAUGUCAAUUCCAUGUCAUUUUAUCAGCAUAUAUAUUUAUCGUUUCUGAACAAUUUUGUCAUUUUUGCUUUGACGUGUAACACACGUUCAUAUUCUUAUUCGUAUAUUUGAGUUUGUUUCCAUGGACACCGGUACAACAGUAGCUGCUCAGUGCAUUCUGUGAAGGAAGUGCGUGUCCUUGGAUGGAGCAGUUUGUGAUGGCCUGCUCUGAAAGCUCAUUGGGGCGAGACCAGGCCUGAUGUCUUUGUUCCAGUCCAAACACACAUACACAACCGCUAGAUCGGCGUUUUGUCUCAUCUUGUCAUGAUCAGUAUUAACUAUGCAAAAUUGUUAUUUCCCUCAGAUUUGGGUUCAAAGCUACUGCUUCCUGGAACAAAUCAGGUUUUUUUGGAAAGAAUUUAUCAGAAAAGUCAAUUAUAUUACAGUUACUCUGACGUGUUUUUUUUUUUAAGUACCAUUUUAAAGACCCUGCCAAAGACGAUCAAAGGACGUUUGAGGUAAAACGGAGUUUACGGUUUUGCCCAGGAGACCGUAACCUCAGUAAUGAAGUAGCAAUUUGCCUCCAAAUCAAAUCUGCACGUCUUGUAACUUGGGCAAACAAAUCUCUCGCGUUUGCUUCUUAAAAGUUUUGCACUUGAGCUAUGAGGCUAACCGACAACAGCUAUCAAAACUCCACGUCCAGAGUUUCGGACACUUAAAAUCAGUUUAUACUCUAAAGUCUCCGAUUUGAUCUCCAUUCAACAGUCGAGAAAACGUACACAAAAAUAGAGCUUUCGGCAAGUUUAAAGACAUCACGAGAAGGUUUUAAAAUUCAAAAAGUACAUUCUUAGGUUUCAGGUCAUGUGACUUUUCUUAGCGAUUUCACUUCCGGUAAAACGGCUGCCGUAGCGCAAACAACUAGCGAUAAGUUAUCAGAGGACGCUCGUAAUCGAGAAGCCGCCGCUGGCUUUAGAUCUAUUCAGAAGAUUGCUGGGUGCAAUGGAAUCGACCCGUACAGUCUGGGAAAGAAGGAUUUGUUAUACGAUCUCAAACUAGCCUUCAGUCGAGUUCCCCGACGACAUCUCGAACUAUCUGGUGUUGCAGACGUCCUUCUACACCGCAAAACAGAUGAAAGCGUGGAAGAAUACAGAGGCUUUGUGGCUGGGUAAAGGACCUCACUAUCAAGUCGCUGCCGAAUGAACCCUGUAUUGUUUUUGCCCGUGUAAUUUUUUUUUUUUUUUAAGCUUUUCAUUCGCGUCUUUACAACAAAGCGCAAACAACCAACAGUUGGCUUGAUUCUCACUUGUCUUGGCUCUUAUCUCUCAGGUAAAUCAUUCACAAAGAUCAUCAGAAACCCCUUUAAAGACCUGGAUCUUAGUUAAACGAGACGGAGAACAAGCGAUCACGGUGCAUUGUAACCGUACGGCUGGGGAAGAAUUUUGUCGCGACCUUCAUGCGUUUGGACUUUGAGGAGUGAGGAGGAAACAAAACAGCUGGGGACUUUAGCGCUUUGUGACUUUAAAAAAAAAAAUCGUAAAAUAACGACACACAGCAAGUACUUGGAAAAUACUAAGGACGUAGUUGAGAGGGAAAUACAAACCUUUCACCGCGUGAAACUCGAGCAUGCUUCGACUCGGCUCUUUUCGAUUUCACCGAGAGGUUUGAAAGCCACCUUUCGUGACGUCUUUUUGUGAAAUCCUGUGUUUGUUCACCCUUUAAGUUUCUUCAGGGUUCCCCGUGAACUAAUCAGUUUCAUAGUUUGCUCGAUUCGAACAACGCAAGCGUAAGACGUAUUUUUCAUGCAAGCAAUGCACCUUUUCCGUACAAACGCUUUGUCGACUGACCUUUGAAUAAUUAAUGAGGCGGAUGCGACGUCACGUGAAACCCAAGAAUAGUACAGAAAGUACACGAUCUGAGACACAAAGCUAGCUUUGGUUGGUUAGUUGUUAUACUGCCUCCUACUGUUUAUGCUGGUAUUGCGCCAGGCAGCCAUCUUGUGUACGGACGUUUGUAGCUAAAAGCAAGUCAAAUCCAGGCUUUUCUUUCAAACAUCGUUAAGCUACGAUGAUCUUGUUGUGAAGUGAUAUCAUCAGGGGUUUAAAAUUUGGAAAAACAGUUGCUGCCAUGCAAAAGCAAACUGCGGUAUCUGCAUUUUUUGCGUACGAAGUUUAGGUGCCGUAUCUGUUCUAUUAGACGUGAAAGCUCAGUGGCUCGACCUUCGAGUGGUUGAAAUUCGCAGUAAUUGCAAAUUUACCUCGUCAAACCAAGGCACGCUGGCGUUUCUUUCAACUCGGCGAUUUAUGCAGAUACUGUGGUGGCAGAGCGGGUUUGUUAGAUAUCCAGGUUACGUAAAUUUCAUAUGAAAAUGGAAAAAAAACGUUAAACGUAUCCAUAAAUUAAGAGAAAAUCAGGCUAGUUCAAUUAGGACUACGAUGCAGUGGCUGAGCUGCGUUAUUGGAAUUUUUCAGUUCGGGUUGGCUAAUGAUAAAUUUGAUAAACGAGGUCCAGGAGGGGGAAAAAAAUAAAAGGGAUUUCUGUUUUCCAAGAUGGCCGCCACAUGGUUCACAGCUGACCGGAAGUCCUACUUUGUCCCAAAUAAAAGGGAUUUCUGUUUUCCAAGAUGGCCGCCACAUGGGUCACAGCUGACCGGAAGUCCUACUUUGUCCCAUCGCAUCUUAGUGACAUUACUGAAUUACUGGCUGUAGAUUUUGUACCAAAACGUUUUGGUCCAAAGUGAUUUUUUUUUUUAAAUGGCUUCUUUUGUUUGUUAGAGAGGUUAGCGUCCUAGCAUCAAGUGCAAACGUUGGACGUGAAUCAUCAACUACAGCUGUCGUAAGCAGAAAACUGGGCGUAUUUUUAUUUUUAAAUCUGAAGUGUCAUGUCUGUUUGUAUUCACUGUAUGAACGGAGCAGAAAAUAAAGAGCUUUGCUACUUUUUUUUUUAA